AUGCUCAAGGACAUUUUGGGAAAGGUGGGCCCGGGAACAUUUAUCGAGCCACCUUUCAUACCAGAUUACGGAUGCAACGUGGUAAUUGGCGAGAAUUGCUUUAUCAACUUCAACUGCACCAUCCUUGAUACCAGCCUGGUGGUCAUUGGUAACCGUGUUCAACUGGGUCCAAACGUGAGCAUCUACAGCGCAGGGCACGAGGCCAGUGUCCUUUCUCGGAUUAAGUUUGUCGAGUUUGGCGAUCCCGUCUACAUAGAGGAUGAUGCGUGGAUUGGCGGGGGUACAAUCAUCCUGCCGGGGGUCACUAUUGGCAAGGGAAGCACUAUUGGAGCAGGGUCAAUCGUGACAAAGAGCAUUCCACCAUACUCUGUUGCUAUGGGGGCUGUCACGGGCUAG